AUGGACUCCGUUGGUCUCAAGUCUCAGGCGCUGGCAGCAUGGGAGGCUCACGCGGAGUCUUGGGAUGGGCUUAUGGGUGACAGUGGGAAUAAAUAUUUCUCUGUCUUGGAGCUGCCGAUUUUAGAUCGAAUGGCCUUAGGACGAAAUGGAGCUUAUGCGCUCGACCUUGCUACAGGGAACGGACUAGUAGCUCGAUGGCUCGCUCAAGAAGGUGCAUCAGUGAUCGCAACAGACGGCUCCAGGCCUAUGCUCGAACAGGCCAAAGCACGAACAGAGAGUUGGUAUCAGCAGGGGAAGCUCAACCAUGACCGGAAAAUCUCAUUUGAAGUCUUAGACGUCAUGGAUCCCCAGUGCUGGGAUGCAUUUAUCUCGAGAUCUCUAGAAACGUGUGACGGAUUUGACAUCAUCACUAUGAACAUGGCUCUCAUGGAUAUCCCUGACCUAAAGCCACUGGCCAUUGCCUUAAAGCGUUUGCUGAAGCCCAGCGCCUGCUUCGUGGCAACGUUGCUCCACCCGCUCUUUUUCACCUCUGGGGCAGAUCGCCAGAUAAAUGUCCAUGAAAAUCCGGUUACUGGAGAACGUGAAGUUACCCGCUCCAUAGUACUGAAGCACUAUAUGAGCGUUCCACCGGCGCGACAACUUCUUUUUUGGGGAAACGGAGAGGCACCACCACCGUUUUCUUUCCACCGCCCGCUCCAUGAACUCUUCGUUCCCUUCUUCCAGGCUGGAUUAGUCCUCGAUGCAUUGGAAGAAAUGAACUUCGAUGAGUCUUACAGGAAUCCUGUGCGCGAGUAUUCAUCCAAUAACUUUACCCAGUUUCCGAAGAUUCUGGGAUUUAGAUUGCGCCCUUCGGGUUCAUGA